GUAGAUUUUUUCAGUCACAACUGAAUGAAUCAUAUGAACUAAGUAUAUGAUAAUCGUGUAUUGGUUCAGUGAAGUUUGUUUAUUUCUUUAGAGCGUGUAUGUACAAGCCAAUCAGAUAGUUACAUAUUUACUUUACGUGCACUUUGGCGGACAGUUCCAAAUUUGCGAAAAUGUAUCGUUUGGCAGUUCUUUUUCUGCUGUUAAGUCCGACACUUUGUCUGUUCAAUACCAAUGAUGAUGUUAUCAAACUCACAGACCAAAACUUUGACCAAGUAACAUCAAGCAAGGAACUAUGGUUUAUUAUGUUCUAUGCAUCUUGGUGUGGACACAGUAAAAAUGCUGCUCCAGAUUGGAAACGAUUCGCCACUAAUUUUAAGGGUAUUAUAAAAGUUGGUGCGGUUGAUUCAGAAAACAACCCUACGGUAACUCAACGGUUUUCUGUUCAGGGCUUUCCAACAAUUGUUAUAUUUGGAGAUAAUAAACACAGUCCUAAACCAUAUACGGGUGGUAGAGAUAUUGAUCAUCUCAACAAAGAGGCUUUGCGCGAACUUACUUCUUUAGUGAAAUCUAGGACUGGUUCUGGAUCGUCUGAUGACUCUGACAAAGACGAUGUAAUAGAACUUACGGACAGCAAUUUUGAUGAAAUGGUUCUCAACAGUCAAGAGCCAUGGUUGGUAGAAUUUUUCGCCCCUUGGUGUGGUCAUUGUAAAAAUUUGAAACCUCAUUGGGACAAAGCAGCUCGUGAAUUGAAAGGAACUGUCAAAUUAGCCGCUUUGGAUGCCACGGUUCAUAGUCGAAUGGCUCAGAAAUAUGGGAUUCGAGGUUAUCCUACCAUCAAAUUUUUCCCUGCUGGACCGAAAACAGAUGACCCUAUUGAUUAUGAUGGUGCUCGAAGUGCAGAUGCGAUCGUUGCGUGGGCUAUGGAAAAAGCCGAUGCUUCUGCUCCAGCACCAGAGAUUGUUGAAUUGACUUCAGCAAGUAUUUUAAAAGAAGCUUGUGAAGAUCGUCCACUUUGCAUCAUCAGUGUUUUUCCUAUGUUAUUUGAUUGUCAAUCAGAAUGUCGUAAAAAGUACCUGGAUUUACUAAAAUCAGAGGCUGAUAAAUUUAAAAAGCAGAAAUGGGGAUGGAUUUGGACUGAAGCACUCAAACAUUCUAAUCUAGAAAAUGCACUCGAUAUUGGAGGUUCAGGAUAUCCUGCUAUGGUUGCUGUACAUGGGCGUAAAAAGAAAAGGACUACAUUACGAGGAGCAUACAGCUCAGCUGGAGUCCAUGAUUUCCUAAGACAACUUUCAGUUGGCGGCGCAACACUUCCUCUGUAUGAUGUGAAUUCGUUACCCGAAAUAAAAACUGUUGAACCCUGGGAUGGAAAAGAUGCUCAGCCUAUUGAAGAACAAGACGACGACGAUUUAAAAGUGGAAUUAUAAUGCCACAUGUAUUUCUUUUUUGUAUUCUGUUAUAUCCCUGUGUUAUUAUUCGUUUCUUGGAUAUCAUUUUUAUGGUUGCACGUCCUUUCUAUACGGUUGUACAAUUUGUUUACUUCUUGGGCAAUUCCAUAAAUUUCAUUUGAUUGUAAAUGGAUUGUUUUCAUUAAAUGUAUUGUGUUUGGAGCAUAUAGCUUUUCCACCGACUUCAAUUCAGUUAUAUUCAAUUUUGUUAAUGACGAUGGGCGGAUAAAAAGUGCUAAAGAAUGAAAACGAUCAUCUUCAAACGUAUUGCAUCAGACCGUCAUUAGCAACUCAGUGCCUGGCAUAAAUGUGUAUUGGUCCAAAUUCGCACCACGCAAAGGUGUGAAUAUGAGCUUAGUGUAAACAAUAGUACCAUUAUUCAUAAAACCUAAGUAAAAUAUGGUUUAAAAAGAGCGAUUGAAGUUGGAGAGUUGUAAAUCAAGGUGUACUCCACCGUGAGCAAUUUUGAGUCAUUUAGCAAAAACGUUUUUUCGUCACAGUUAUCCCACUGAUCUGUGUCUGUUAACACAACUCUAUUUAGUGGUAUGAUUUCUAGUAAUCAAUGGGAAAAGUCUCGGUUUGUCACUAGACACUAGCUCUAUCUGUUAUUCUGUAGCCAUGCACCACUUAUUUCUUCCUGAUUAUGGAAGCUUCUCAAACACUUAUUCAAAAAUCUGAAACUUCUAUUUCAAAGUAACAACGACGAUCUGUAGUACUCAAAAACACGUAGAACUUCACUGUUACGUACACGCCGUGGCAACCGUAUGCGACUAAUCUCAGUGUAAACGACGAUCAAACGCAGGCAUUCGCCAAUGGCUAAAUUAAUGGCAUGGUUCAAAAGUGCUUUAACUUUGGCCUUUUACACCUGUCGUUUUAUGGCUGGCCUAACUUCGUGAUUGUGCCAUUGAUGAUAAACAAUAAUGCCUAAUACGUAGGUUGCUUCUGUCUGUCGUACCAUCCCCAAUAUACAAACAUUUUUUAUUACAUCCAACGCUCACCACAACGUUUGAUUACAAACACAGGUUGCCUGCUCGAUAUGCUAUCAUCCCAAUGCUCAAGGUCGAGAAUUCCAGCAGUUAUAUUACAGCGUAGGUAAGAAAAGUUUGACAAUCAGUGUGUUCUGGGAUCAGUUACAGAAUUACUUUCCUACCAAUCAAUCCUCUAACCAGUUUUACUUCAGUUGUCAUCUGUUAGAUCUACGUACCAUGAAACUGUCGUAUGGCUUACUGGGAAAUCCACAUUUUAAGGAUAUUUGUCAUGAAUACAGUGCCAGAGUAAGCCAUAUACAUGUAAUAACAGCAUAUUUGUGAAUGCGCUUAUAGUAAUAGUCACGUUAAAAAUAAUAAAUCGUAUGAUGUAAUAAGCGGGUCACUUCAUUAUUAGUGUGUGUUAAAUUGGUAUUUAUACUUGAAACACCCAAACCGUAUUAUGGGUAAUUUAGCUGUCCUAGGACUUUAGACUGCAGUUAACCUCAACAUUGAUACCUAACCGAGUUUAUCAAUCUACUGAUAUAUACCAAGAAUAGAAUCACUGGUGCAUGAUAUUGAUUUACGUAAAAUGUGUCAAUUGAACAGUUAGUUUUUCGUGUAAUAAAGUAGCAAUUAAUUUCUAACUAGUUAGGAAUACAUAUUAAUCCUUCAUUUGUGGUUCAUCUAAGUUUGUCGUUCUUAAAAGCGGCCCCUCCCCAUCGAAAAUAUUUAAUGAAAUCUCUAUCUCUUAUUCAGUUGUAAUAACUGGUAAUUCGAUGUCAAAAGCUAAUUGUUAUGACUUUAUGUCCGGCUGGUGUUCACGCGAUUUAUCCACCAAUCGUAAUACGACUAUGCAAUCUUCACGCUGUGCUAAACCAAUGACGUUUGACCGGUAUGAGCAGCCAAGCGUCUUUAUUGUCCCCUUGUUCGGCUAGCCCGUCCAGAACACAAAUACAGCUUCCGCUAUGCGAAUCAUUUAUUUCAAACAUACUGGGUUUAUACAUCAACCAAACAGACCGCUACGCACCAUAAAAUAGGAAAUAACAUUCAUAGACAAUAAAGCCAGAAAGUGGCUGUGAACGUGGGAGACAGUAAUCAAUAAACUAAGUAUAACUUAAGAACAGCAAAUCGUACAAUAAUAAUCUAUGGGUCAAAAUGAAGCCUAUAAUAAGAUGAAUAUAAGUAUACACAAUCUAAUUACUGAAUAGUUAUACCAUAAGAAUACAUAGAUAAUAUUAAUCAAUUAAUAUGUUUCGGAAGUUACUCGUGAUUUAAUCUUCGCUAGGAUAUAACAUUAAUCACUUAUAUGUGUAAAUAAAUUUACGAACGGGUUCAUAACAUUCUGGAGGCUGGCAAGCUCGUUUUGCUUAUUUAUAAUUGUAUGUGCUGUAAACCCUAAUUAGUUUUUGUAGAAUACUCAUAGUAUGGAAGUAUGAUAAAUAUGGAUACAGUUUUAUUAUUACGAUGAGUUUGGUCCGUCAUUUUGAACUGUAUAAUGUCCAUAUUUCCGGCUGACUUGCGCUACAUGACGGCUCGAAUCUGUGCGCGCUAAUUAAAAGGACAGUGGUAUUUUUCCUCGAUGAGUAGAUUCUAUUGUUUUGAUCGUUUAUUACAUAUCAAGACUACUGUUUUCACUUUAAUUGAAUUUAUUUCAGUUAAAGUAUUCGACUAGAGUAUCGCUUGCUGUUUCUGAAUUAGUUUAUCAUCCGUACUCUUGAAUACCUUAUUUUCUACUGUAUCUGUUAGUACUUUUGGUCCUAACAAUCUACAGUUCUCCACAUUUUUGGUCAUAGAUCAUAUUUUAUCUCUGAGCAUUUUUGCAUCUCGCUCUUUUUUUGAAAAGGACCCCUUUUUAAUGACCGGCAAAAAAGCACUUGCCAACGUCCGGGUUGUCGUUAUCCCGUUGAAAGCGGCAUGUAGUGCGAUGAGUUCAAAGGCUGGUACCACGUCGUUUGCAUGGUGCUCGACUGGCCAAGCUAAACCUUUUCUCGUUGUCGUGGAACUCGAGGCGAUUUGAUUACAAUUUUCAAAUUGCUUAGUGAUAAAUUUGCACCUGAUGUGCCUUCGUUUUUCCUUUCUUCCGAAACAGAGAAUUUACGAGGACACUCCAAAAAAGUUCACAAGCCCAGAACAAAUUACUUGUCAGCUGACUAUCGACUUUCCCAUCGAAUCAUGAACGAGUGGAAUUAAUCACCUCAGCUCGUGAUUGAGGCUCCAUUCGUCGACUCUUUCAAAAGAAAGUUGGAUCAAACGAGAGAUCAUCACUACAAUGACUACCACCGGCCAUCAAGCCUCCUGACCUUUCCAAACUGAAACCGAAACUUCUGAUGAAUUCGGGGUAUCCGAUAUCUACAAUGCUUUUUCUAUAUCAAGUCUUGCCACAGGUGAUACCAUCUAUGCUCUUUUGAUCUAUUUGUAAACUCUUUUUUGAGUUAUUCAUAUGUACUUAAGCAUAAAGUGAUGAGUUAUAAUAUAUGUUACGUUCAGGGUUACGUUUGAAUUAAAUGAUUUGUGUUCCUUACAUGGACAAGUUAUCUUUAGCCAACUAUUUCAGUCGAAUUGAACAAAGUUGUAAACGCGAAGAAUAUCAUCACUUUGCUUCCGUUAGUUUGAAUCUCCUUUACCUUGUUCAAGAAUAGUACUGUAGUUUGAAGUGAUAGAACGAAUCCAUCAAAUAUUUCAAUGCGUCUUAAAAUCACUCUUCAUAUGUUGUACGUUAAUAUUCCGCAAACAGACUUGAUAAGGAGUAGCGAAACGUUCAAUUUCUAUGGUUUCGAUCUACCGUAGGACUAAAAGCUAUCCGUUUAGCUAAAUAUAAAUGUUCACUGAUCACCAAACUGCAUCACGAGGCAGGCCCUAAUUUUUAGUCCUGAAGGAUAACGGAAAAGAGGAAGGCCAAAGAACACAUUAGGUCGGGAAGUAGAAGCAGAUAUAGAAAAGAUGAAUAGCAACUGGAAGGAGCUGGAAAGGAUUGCCCAGGACAGGGUUGUAUGGAGAAUACUGGUGAGAGGCCUAUGCUCCUUCACGAGGAGUAACAGGCGUAAGUAAGUAUGUCUAUGCAUUUGCCCGCUUUGGCAGUUUUGCUGAAUGUUCUAGAGAUCUGGUUGUCCAACACUUUGAUUAAAUUUGUAUAGCUUUGUUUGUUCAUACUUUCAUCUUUAGGCAAUUCCUCUGUCUUCCUGAUAUACUGCUUCUUGCCCAUAAUUACUUGUAUGGUUUAUUUAAAGGUUUGAAAUAUGGUAAUGUCUGAUCUACUUUUCAGUCCCCUUAAGGCGUUUUGUCCUUAUGUGUCUGGGUUUCGCUUUAUCUCUGCCAAUUUAGAGAUGUCGUGAUUUCUCGUUUUAAUUAUUUGCUAUUCCUAUUUUUUUAGAGAUCUUGAGUGAUGUUUCUAGUCUGGCAAAUAAUCCUAACUUUAAGGCAUCUGAGUGUAGGUCCAUGCCGACUCAAUAUAUAAGGCAUUUGCGAAAUUCUAUCAGCCAUCGGAAAUUAAAUAAUCACAACAUCUCGUCCGGGAGACUUGUCUGGACUUCUUCAGGGUGAUAGUCAAAACUAAAUUUAUCGAAGAACAUAUAGCGUUUAAAAAUCAAACUGAAUCUACACUAAGUAAUUAUUCCAUCAUUUUUGUCAUGACUUUACUCUCUAUAUGCACUUUCAGUUCUAAUAAACAGCCUUCCUUAUUCCAACCUUGACUUUCCUUCUUUCGUUUGUACUUAAUCCACCUUGGUAAAUAUCACAACUCAUUGUUCUUUAUUACUGCAUUUCCUCAUCUGGAGCCUCUGAUCACAUUUCACUCUAGCAACGAGAGCUAGUAUGAAUUUCAUCCAAUAACUUAUCAUACCUCUGUUCCACUACAAAAUGUUAAAUAUUGUUCAUCGUUCAUAUCCAAGUGUCUUGCUUUUCCUCGGUUUCCUUUUUUUCAAAAUCUUGUUCCAAGGACACAGCUAUGGGACUGCUGACAUCUGUAACAAACUGGACGUACGUGCUUUCCCAAGGUCAUAGUUCACACCAAGCGUUCUGCAAGUCUACUUUAUAACAACUUUAAACUUAAAAAUUUUCAUUGCAAAAAUAAUUAGCACGACCAAAUUUCUUACACAAUUAUGCCGAGAUUCGAUCUGAUGUGAGAUGUAGACGCGAUGCCACUUUGGAAAAUAUUUUGAAAACUACUCUGUAUUUCUGAACGAAUGAACUCAUAUUCAGUUUUAUAUGUAAUAUUUAUUUAAUAACCCUGCUCGGGAUGCAUACUGUGAAACAUUAAAUGUUGUAAUUUGUAGAUCGUUUUUUUAUGAAGUCAAUGAGUACGUCAAGUGGCAAUCAUCGAGUACAAUGUUAUGUUAUUAGGAUAUUCUUACCAAUCACUGUCAAAACUACGCUACAUGUGGUUUGAAAUUCUCGUACGUGAAGACUCCAACAUUUCGUUCUUGUAGCGACAGCUAGUAUAAGUUGUAUCUACUAAUUUAUCAUAUCUCUGUUUAUACCACUACAACCUGUUAAACUUAGUUUAUGUGCAUAUCCAAAUGCACUACGGCUCUUUUUCCAGCAUUACGCUGUCAGUGCGCGGCUAUGGAGCUUCUUAUGACUGAAGCGAACAACGUGCGUGUUUUCAAGGUCAUUUCUCAUACCGGGCGCUUUUUAUAUUAACUUUGCAACUAUUAAUUUGUUAAACAGUUAUAUUGCUUAAAUACUCAGCCGAACCCUAAUUAUAACGCAACACUAUUGGGUUUUGACCUACAGUGCUUUCCCAUUAUCGCAACGUUAACGCGAUGCCAUUUUCGAAACGGAUCGAAAAAAACUGCACUCAUAGUACAGUACUAACAUGAAUCUAAUUAUUAACUCUCUGGUACUUCUGCAGGAAUAUAUUACCUUCUACUUUUAUUGAUUUAAUGUACUUAACAGUCAUACUUGGUAGACAUCUCAUUGAUUAUGCUUGUAAAUAUGACAUGUACCUGAUUCGUAAGAAACGCAUAGUUUUUAUUUGUACAAGACGUCACUGUCAUAUGAUAAACCCGUGGGUUUUCGAAAGGUCCGACAUAAAUUCUCAGGUUAUCGUUUCAGUAAUGUUAGGCCUCAUACGGUAUUAGCAUGAAUAGCGAAACGUCAAGUCAAACCAAAUUAUAUUUAAAUUACCAAUUGAAGUAUGAAUGACAAGUAUGCAAGAGGUCAGGUGUUUAGAAGUGGUAAGAAAGAACAAAGAGUUAGUUUGCAGCACGUUUACUUUUAUGGAUUUUAGUCAGCAUGCUUGGUGUAUUUUCCCUAGGAUGUUGAUUUGAUAAUUUAAACGGUGCUUUAGACCAAAUAAUGACAAUUGUAUUAACUGAAUGAAAUUAUUAUAGAUAUGAAUGUUAGUAAAAACUAUUUACAAACGAGCUUGAAUUAGAUCGCCUCUGCGUGCCAUAGUAAUAAUAAUUGUUGUACCAAGAGAUGUUAUGAAUAUUUUAAUGACUGCUAAACAUCAGCGUUAGUUGAAAAUACACUCAUGACGGUGGCCAAAACUCCAUGUGUAUUGUUUGAAAAGCAGAAAAUUCUAGUCAGCACUAUGUAUUUGACAUUAGCAUACUAGAUAACAAACACCAAGUCAAGCUUAAAAUAAUAAACAAGAACUUGAGACAGGGAACCACAAAAUUUCUCACAAGGCGAAGGGAGAACACAGAAGACUGGUACAAGUAAAGAUUUACUGACUUGAAAUAAACGCGACGACUUUGGUCGAAAAUGCACUCAUCUAUAUAGUUUUACGGCUAGUGAAAUGUAACUAGGUCCUAACCAAAUCGUCCGGCAUUGAGAUCACUAAAGGUCGAGCAUUUCACAAUCCUCUUUAAGGUCAAUGAUAACGAAUGCAAGCCAGUUGGUUGCACAACGUGGACUGGAGCACGUAUGGUGGUAGCGCUUUGUUCCUUGUACCUACUCUUGCAAAUAUAUUUCUCUGAUAAUGUCACUUGUGUUGUACGGUCAUCAAGGUAGCCAUAGUACAUGGAUGUGACGAAAGGGUAAUCCAAGCUAGGUGCUGACCGUGAAUUAUGACUCUUACGUUAGCCGGUCGGUAACGCCAUUCACGUUCGACUAAGGUGGGCCCCAAACCAUACAAAACAAACCAUCUAAGAUGAUUAUCCACGUAGUGAUUUGAACACCAUUUAAUUAAUAACCAAAAAACAGUCACAGUCAUUAGAUUAUCAGUCAGUUAGUCAGCUACAACGUAGAAUCAGGCACAUAUAUACAUCGAUCCAAGUUGCCAUACCACAUUAGCACAACAGGAUGAACACCAAGUUCAUAGAAGUAGUUACUUCAAUGGUGGCAGUAUAUAAAAGUAAGAUUUUAUACAAAGAUAUGAUACAGGAAGAAGGAAUUAAUUUGUAGAAAGAAAGGCAUAAAUUGAUUUUAAUCUCACGAUUUAUGGGAAGAAAAAGAGUGUAUAGACCUGCGCGAUUGUGAUCGGUUCUGAGACAUGUCACCCAGUCUUCAACCAUUGGUUGCGAUAGUCACGCGGACCAUAAUCAAGUAUGCUGCAUCUACCGACAUGGGUCGGACUAGAAGUUGUUGACUCUGUUACAUUAUAACAAAACUUCACACUGGGUGUCAAGCUGAACACUGUUCAUGCCAAUUCAAUCAAAGGACACCAUUUCUUGAAUAAACUCUGAAAUCAACCAACUUUACUUCGAGUAAAAUACCACACUCAAGGUUUAACAAAUAUUACUCCAAGUAACCAUCAUAUUGAAUUAAAAACGGAUGUCAAACAAGAACCACAUUUAGUUUUGAUUUCUCAUCCCAUCAUACCACUUUUCGUUUUCCACUGUCUAAUGAGAGGUUGAGGAGCAAUAUCUUAUUAUUCAAGAGCUGUGAAUUAGUCUAUGCUUGUGGCGAUU